CCCCCCCAGUCCCUCCUUCCCAUCCCCCUACCCAUCCUUUUUGUGCCCCCGCCACCUGUCUUUCCUUCACGUAUUGCGCACUCGGAGGUAGUUAAUCCCCCUCCCACCUCCCUCGCCGCCAUGUCCGUCAUCACUGAGCGCGAUAUGAUGCAGCACAUGGCCAAGGCUCUUAGCCAUGAUGAGACUGCCCCCAAACCCAAGCACGUCCGCGCCCUGAUCAUCUACAACAUGCAGGGCGUGCCGAACGCUUAUGCCACCUUCUGGAACGCCUUCAAGCAGCAGAACCUCCACACGGACGAGGUUGUCUGCUACAAGGGCCUGCUCACACUGCACAAGGUCAUCCGCGAUUGCAAUGUUGAUUUCCUCAAGAGUGCCUUCCGCGAGGUGAACUUCCUCAAGUCCCUGGUCAACCAGCCGAUGCGCUCGGGUGCUCGUGGCUACCAGCGCCUGAUCGCGGCCUACAACCACUUCCUCAUCCUGAAGCUGGCCUUCCAUCAGGUGCACCCGGAGUUCUCGCCAAACAUGUCCUACGCGGAUUAUGUGUCCCUGCGCAAGGCCCACGAGCCAAAUGAGGCGUACCAGACCGUGUUGGAUCUCUUUAAGCUGCAGGGUGACGUGCUCAUCCUGGUCGGCAUUGUGUUCAACUCCUUCAAGACGGGCGUCGCCAAUGAGUGCCGCAUCUCCUCGCUGGUGCCACUGAUCGAGGAGAGCUGGGGCAUCUACCAGUUCCUGAUGUCGAUGCUCCGUGCCAUGCAUGCCAUGGUGUCCGACAUCUCGGUGUACACCGAGCUCCGCGACAAGUUUUCCGAGCAGCACGCGAGCUUGCACAAGUUCUACGAGAGCUCUAGUUCCAUUCGCUACCUGACCUCGCUGAUCGACAUUCCGAGGCUGUCGCGCGACCCACCGCUGCUGUAUGAGCCCCACCAGGCCCUGCCUGUUGAGCCCCCGCGCAAGGCGGCCAGCCCGCCGCCUCCGGUGGCCAGUCCCCCGCCCGAGCCGAUUGUCGUGCACGUCCCCUCCGGGCCGGACCCGGCUCUCCUGCGUCUGUUGGCCGAGAAGGAUGCCGAGAUUGCCCGGCUUCGCAACCGUGUGGCCGAGCUCGAGCAUGAGCUUGGUGUCAUGCGCGGCCUGCUGGCUGGCGAGCAAACCCGCAGCAUGGACCUCGAGUCCCGUAGCAAGACCCUCGAUGAGGAGCACAAGGCCGCGUCGGCCAACCUGGCCCGCCUGACCAAGAUGUAUGGCACCAUGCGCGCCCAGCAUCUGGACCUCCUCCGUCAGAAGCAGGACUUCGCCACGGAGACACGCCGGCAGGCUGCCGCCUCGGAGGCGGCCAUCGCCGAGGCUCGGCGCAAUGCCGAGGCCGCUGUCCGCAAGGACACCGAGAAGACCAUCGCCGAGGAGCUGGCCAAGGCGCAGAAGGCUCACGAAGAGGCCCUCCAGCGUCUGAAGGAGCAGGAGGCCCGCGAGCGCGAGCUCCUCGCCAGCCAGUUGGCCCAAACCAAGCUGACAUUGGAGGAAUUCUCCAAGUCAUCCGGUGCCGAGUCCGAUGCCCUGCGCCAGCACUAUGCCCGGCUGGAGGAGGCCCAGGCGGCGUCGCUGGCCGCGGCCAAGCUGGAGAGCGAUCGCCUUCAGGCCGAGCUGGCCUCGCAGCGGGUCUUCUAUGACGCGCUCAAGCGCGAGAGCGAUGCACGCGCGGCCGAGCUGGCUCUCCAGCGCCAGGAGAAUGAGGCCCGCAUGGCCGAGGCUGAGCGCAUUGCUCGGGCCGAUGCCGAGGCCCUGGCCUCGGCCCGGCGGGCCAACCUCCAGCUCCUGGCCGACCGGCUGCUGGAGGAGGUCCGCGGCCGGGUGGACCUGUCCGUGGCGAGUGACACAUGCGCGCCGCAUGCGAAUGCCUCGCGGGCGAUUGCCGCGUCGGAUGCCAUCCGCGCGGCCCUGGAGUCCUUCAAUGGCCUGAACACGGUGGAGUUCAUGAAUUCGCUGGUCCUGUCGCAUGAUGGCGCCAGCGGGGCGGCCGGCGGCACCGGUGCCGACGGCGGCACGGCCGACCUGAGCGAGCUCCUGCGGCAGGCGCACGCGGUGGCCGAGAACAUCGACUCCAUGCUGAACACCGUGCGCGGGCUGGGCGCCACGUAUGAGGGGCUGUUUGAUGGGGCCGGCGGCACCGGCACCGGGGGGGAGAUGCCUCGCUUCGAUGCGGAGGCUCUCAUUCGCGCGGCCGAGAAGGUCGCCGGUUCCUGCCGGGACAUGCUCCGCCGGCCGAUGGAAACCGGCGCCACGACCACCGACAAUCAGGAACACGCGGCCGGCUUCGAGGCGGCCAUGCAAACCCUCUCGGGGCUGCUGGGCCAGCUGCCGGAUCCGAGCGCCAUCUCCACCACCAAGUCCCUGGAUAUCGAUGGGGCCAUGGCCGGCGCGGCGGCCGAGAUCGACCAGGCAGUGGCCCGGCUGAGUGCCCUGCUGGCCGAGGCCAUGAAGGAGCCCUCGCGCGCGGUGCAUGCCUCCCUGCUGGACACCACGCGCGCCAUUGCCGGUGCCAUCGGUGCGCUGAUGCGCGCGGCGCGACUGGCCCAGGAGGAGAUCGUGGCCAAGGGUCGGGGCACCGCCUCGCCGGACCAAUUCUACCGGAAGAACCAUCGCUGGACCGAGGGUCUGGUGUCGGCGGCCCAGAGCGUGGCCUCCUGCACCAAUGUCCUAGUGGACAAGGCCGAUCGGGCGGUCAGCGACGACCCGGAGGCCGACGGCGAGAACCGCAUGGAGUACCUGGUGGCCUCGGCGCACCAGGUUGCCGCGUCUACCGCGCAGCUGGUGGCCGCGUCGCGUGUCAAGGCCGACCGCAACAGCGUCACCCAGGAGAACCUGGAGGGCGCGGCCAAGGUGGUCAGCGAGGCCACUCGCGCUCUCGUCCGUGCGGUGAAGCAGAUCUCCUCGCGUGCGGCGGCCGAGAAGGCCGCCAGCCAGCCGGCUGCCGCUGCCGGGGGUCAGCUCUCCUCUGCCCAGUUCCGCAUGCAGGACAUGGAGAAGCAGGUGAAGAUCCUGUCCUUGGAGAAGGCCCUGGAGGAUGCGCGCCGCGAGCUGGCCGACCUGCGCAAGCUGAACUACCACAACCUGGAGGCCGACUCGCCGACGGCCGACUCGCCGCCGGAGACCGCGGGUGGUCUGGAGACCUCGGUCAACAAGAUGACCCUCAAUGCGGCGACCCCGGCCCCGGGCCCCAUGAGCAAGAAGGUGCCCCCUCCGGUGGCCCCCAAGCCCUCCUUCAACUAGGCCCCCAUGGAGAGGGGACGAGGGGGGGGGGCGGGCCCUUUGUGCUGGCUGGCCCUGCCUGGCGCGUCCCAUUCCGUUGGGCGGGGCGACGCCUUGUCCCUCCUGGGCCCCCGCUCUGCGGGGGUCCACCUCCGAUCGGUGGUGGGGAUGCCUGGCGACCCCCGGGGGCGGUGGAUCCCACUCGGCCCUCAGCACACGGAGAGCCUCCCGGGAGAAUGGGCAGGGGCCGGGAGUCGCAGGAGGCGUCUCCUUGUGGCUGGGAGUCAGUCAUCCUGGGCCGUGGCGCAAUCCCGGGGCCCGCCCGGACCGUGUGUCGGCCUGCCUGUCCCCGACCAUUUGGUGCAGGCUAGAAACUGGGCCCCUCGCGCGACAAAGCGAGCGGGACUUCGCAUGGGCGCGCUCUUUCUUCCUUUUUUUCCCCAGGGCAUCCGCUCACACACGCAUGAGCGUCCCCUGUGCCGGCAUCUCCCGCCCCAUUGUACAAUAUCAUCACACCUUCCUAUCCACACA